GGGCCAACUGAGACGGGAUCCAGCCCAUUGAAACCGAAAUCUAUUAUUGGGUCUGGGUUCACUGAUAGGCCCAUUUUUCCUUGUUAGCCAAAUGUGAAGGCAGAAGCGCCAAAAUAGGGCGGUUGAGCAAUUUCUGUUUACAAGCAUGAGAUAUCAAAAGGAUUUAAAUAAUAUAUUGCAGAUGAUCAUUCAAUUCAAAGUCCCAAAAAACCUAUGCAGAUGUUUCCAUAUGGACUUCAGCUUUAAGCUGUUGAGCAUGCUGUUUAUAUUCUCUUUAUUUUUCCUUCAUUUCAAAAAUGGGUUAAUUUUGCUGACGGUGUAAUUAUUCGCUUUUUACUUCAAUUUUAGAGCGCUAAAGAUUUUGCAAUCCCUUCCGCUUUGCUUUUUGUCCUCUUCUUCUUAAGCUUGGACAACAAAAAUUGGUAUGGGUAAUUUUGCCUUUUCCAUCUACUGCCCCAUCUGUUACUGAAGGAGCAUUAAGUGCCAAAAUCAGAGCCCUAUAAAAACUGGCUCGCUUGGGAAAUGUAGAAAAUGAAGUAAACCCAAUUGAAUAUUGAACUGUUACUGACUCCAAAUCUCAUCCUUUUGAGUACUUGGAAAAUGGAAAAGAGAAAAAUUGCAAUAAUCGGUGCAGGAAUCAGUGGCCUAGUUGCAUGCAGACACACCAUGGAGAAAGGUUUCAGCCCAAUAGUGUUAGAGGCUAAGAGCGGCAUAGGAGGAGUUUGGUCCAAAACCAUUGAGUCCACCAAACUCCAGACCCCUAAAAGCUUUUUCCAGUUCUCUGAUUUUGCAUGGCCACCGUCGGUGACAGAGACCUUCCCUGAUCACAAUCAGGUAUUGGAGUACCUAAAAUCCUAUGCUACGCACUUCAACCUCCUCCCUAUGAUCAAAUUCAACACCGAAGUCAUUGAUAUUGACUAUUUCAUGCUGCAGUCCGAGGAGGACAUGGUUUCUUGGGAUUUGUGGGAUGGCUCUGGGGAGCCCUUCUCACCUUCUGGGAAGUGGAAUAUCACUCUACAGGAUGCAGGCGACCCAUGCGCUCCAACUGAGGUAUACCAAGUGGAUUUUGUUAUCCUAUGCACAGGAAGGUACAGUGAUUUGCCAAACAUGCCAGCUUUUCCCAUGGACAGAGGGCCUCAUGUAUUCGAUGGCGUGGUCAUGCAUUCAAUGGACUAUGCUGCGAUGGAAGAUGACCACGCGGCUGAAUUCAUCAAAGGGAAGCUUGUUACUGUCGUUGGAUUUCAGAAAUCAGCGGUGGAUUUGGCAGCACAAGUUGCUAAAACAAAUGGACCAAGUAAGCCGUGUACUCUUCUAUUCAGGACAGCGCAUUAUACAGUUCCUGAUCAUUUGGUCACACGUAUCUUCCAAAGCCUAAAUCGGUUCGCAGAAUUUAUGGUCCACAAGCCCAGUGAAGGAUUUUUCGUGUGGCUCUUGGCUUUUGUUCUUUCUCCUUUGCUCUGGUUAUUUUCGAAAUUGGUGGAGAUCUAUCUCAGAUUGUUGUAUCCUUUGAAGAAAUACAAUAUGGUCCCGAUCCAUAGCUUUCUAGACCAAAUUUCCCCAUGUAAGUUCAUGGCCGAGCCGGCUAAUUUCUACGACAGAGUAAAACAAGGAAGCCUAAUCCCAAAGAAGUCGCGGAGCUUUUGCUUUUGUAAAAAUGGGUUGAUUUUAGAUGACGAAGCCACGCCUUUAGCGACAGAUAUUGUCAUCUUUGCUACUGGAUAUAAAAGUGAUGAGAAGCUAAAGAAUAUCUUUGCUUCAACUUAUUUCCAACAAUGCAUAAUUGGGUCAUCAGCUCCCUUUUACAGGGAAUGCAUUCAUCCACUGAUUCCAAAUCUAGCUAUACUUGGAUACGCUGAAACUGGAUCCAACUUAUUUAGCACAGAAACGAGAAGCAAGUGGGUAGCACAUUUUCUUGCAGGAAAUUUCAAGUUACCAACCAUAAGAGAGAUGGAAGACGAUGUAAACAACUGGAAAAAUUGCAUGCAAAGGUUUGCUGGUAUGAACUAUAGGAGACAUUGUGUAAGCGUUUUGCUGCAAAUCUACUUUAAUGAUCUAUUGUGCAAGGACAUGGGAUUCAAGCCAAGACGAAAAAAUUGGUUUUUGGCUGAGCUAUUCGCUCCUUACAUUCCUAUGGAUUACAAAAAGCUAUAAGUCGGCUUAUUUAGCUGCUAGCACGCAGUUCCAACUUCUUAAGCAGUGAAGGAUUUACUUGACAUCUAUUGCUUAUAAAAAUCAUCUUACAUUUUACUUCUGA